CUUGUGUCCGUAUAUAAAGGUUGAUGGAGAUGAGAGCAGGAACGAAAAAAGGACAAGGCUUCUUUUCUCUGCAUAUUGGCUGUUCUCCCCUAUCCAUAAUCACCUGUAGCUCCAAUGGCUUCUUCCACCAUGAGCAGAUGGUUGAAGCCUGAGGUAUAUCCACUCUUGGCUGCGGUUGGUGUUGCUGUUGGUAUGUGUGGCAUGCAGUUGGUACGUAACAUCACCACCAACCCUGAAGUGAGGGUUACCAAACAAAAUAGAGCUGCAGGAGUGCUUGAUAAUUUUGCAGAGGGAGAGAAAUAUGCAGAGCAUGGCCUCCGAAAAUUUCUCCGCAACAAAGCCCCUGAGAUCAUGCCCUCUGUAAACAAGUUCUUUUCAAGUCCAAACUGAGAGACCAUUUUGGAAAGCUUACAAAUAAAAAUUUUUAAUUUAAUGAUGUUGUUGCAUUGGAGUAGAACUUAUUUUCUCAAUAGGGCAAUUAUGCCUGCAACAGGAGUACAUCUGUUAUGAUCUAUAUAACAUUUGUUGAGUAAAGUUGUCAUUGAAGUCAUCUCUUUUUUGGAUCGAUAUAUAAUUAACUUUAAG